AUGGAUGUACUCAAAAACAGUGUCAAACAGAUUAAUGAACAAUCCAACUUUUUCACGAUCUUUGGAUUCCUGGUGACUGUUCUCUACAUUCCAAGAGUUGCUAUUACUUUGGUUGCUCAAUCAGAAUUCUUCAAUAAAGACUACCUUGCAUGUACACCGAACAGCACUUUGGAUUCGGAAUACGGAAGUCUGAGGCAACGAUGUUAUGUAAAAUUCGCUACAUCGUGGCCUCCCCAUUACCAUUGGUUCAUGCAGUUAGGGUUGACAAUCGGCGUCUUGAUUUGCUUCUAUUUUCCAUCCUUGUGGUCCAUUAAGCACAAGAAGAACAUCUCUAAGAAUGUCGAGCGAGGAUACCUUGUUCAAACUGCGAUAAGGGCAGUUUUUGAGACUUGCUUUAUCGUUUCUCAAGGUUUCUUAUACGGAUUUGAAGUAGAUAGCAAAUUCGUUUGUUCAGUAGAUAAUAGACGUAUACAAUGCGAUGUCCUUCGAGUGAUCGGAAGGGUCGCCAUGCUUGUGGCUAUGUUCGUUAUCUCCAUUGUUGUGUUGGGUUUGCUCGUUGCAGAUUUCACGUACGGAAUCUGGACACUAAGAGCAAACGACGGUUCCCUCUUACCAGUGCUAGAAGAUACAGUAAAAGAGAAAUCCCAUUGUGAAAGACCCCCUGAUCCAGUAGAAGAUGUCAUCAGAUGUGAAAACUAUACAAAACUAGAGAAGAAACUAAAGAAGGAGACCUUUGUUAUCUUAAGUGGUCUCUCUGGUUCGGGGAAAACACAGCUUGCGCUGCUCUAUGCCAAGAAGUUUAUACAUGAACAUAAGGACAGCACAUGCUUUAAGUUCAACUCAAAAUCCCCGGAGGAUGUUCUCGUCGAUGGCAAAAAGUUGAUAGAUCAAUGUAAACUAGACAUUCAUAGUCCUGACAGUGGCAAAGGUGGAGAAGACAGUAUGGAGAACAAAGCCUGGAGGUUACUUGUCCGUAUUCGCGAAGACCUUGUCAAGGACAAUACAAAAACUUUGUUUAUUUUUGACAAUGCUACUUUCGAAAUAAUUUGUAUCAUCAAAGAGGUGUUUAUAAGUAGUAGCUCUUUCAUCGUUAUAAUUACCUCAACAGACCCAUCUUUGAAAGGUUUUUACAAUGAUUUGAAAAUCGAAAUAAAAGGUUACAGUGAUGCCGAUGUAAACACCCUAAGUAUAUGUCAAUACAAGAAAUUCAACCACGAUAUACAAAAGUUGGCAAAACGGCUCAACUUUUUACCACUCGGAAUACACGCAGCCUGUCAAUACAUUAUUGAGUCUAAAGAAGCUAUUCCUGAACUACCAAAUCAACUAGAUGACAACCCCAUAAAUGGCUUGUUCCAAAUGUUGUACAGAAAAGCUCUCGCGACAUGCAAGGAUAUAAAGGUCAGUCUACUACUCAAUAUCGUCGCCUUACUAAGCCUUGACCCAAUACCCUUUGAUGUUCUAGACUGGACGAUACGAGUAAGCUAUCAAUCAAAGCAUGAUGAUACCGAGAAGACAAAUGAGAAUGGGAAUAUAUCAUCAAAAUCAGAUGAAACAAUAGAUAAAAGGAACAAAUUCCUCGAUAUCAUAAAACGGUUCCAUCUCGGGACGGUUGAGACGAAUGGUUCGGACACGAAGAUGCUUCGAAUGCAUAGUGCAGCGGUGUUGGCAUUACGAAAAGCAUGGGAACCUGAUGAGUUGAUCAAAUAUUACACACAAAUGCUGUUAGUCCUUGAUGACCAAGCUGAUAAAGACACACGAAGUUCCAAAGACUUUCUGUAUUUCCUCAAACUUAUUCCCCAUGUUAAACAUGCUCUGAAAGAUGAAUAUCUUACUUUAGGCAGAAAAGCCAAAGAUCUUGGCAUCCAGAUAUUACAAAUCAGUCUCCAAGAUAAACUGUAUUAUAUGUAUACACAAACGAAGCUGAUAGGGUACUUCAAGGAGAACGAGUCAAAAGCUAAAAAACUAUGCUAUCUCCUCAUCAAUCAAAAUCUCUCUCCUGAAGAUGCUGAGGCUAUCGUGGAUAACGAAGUACGGAAGGGCACAUGGGAUACAUUGCAAGAUAUCGAAUUGACUGAAUCAAACGUGGAUGAUGAAGGACAGCGUGGCAUGCCGGGGACAGUGCAGAGUUACGGCGAAUUAACUGAAGUUGGCUCUAACCUGGAAAAACAGGUUAAUAUCAAUCAGACUGAUCUUGAAUUCAUACAGAAAAAAGCCGAAUUGAUUUACAAUAAACUUGAUGAGCUAGAAGUUCCCGUUGAGCCUUUAGACUACAUUCAAGAGCUUAUUUGUACAAGACGUCUUGAUAAAGGUAAUGUCGAACUUUUACAAAAUAAAAUGAAAGAAUGGAGCAACAGAAAAUGUUGUAAUAUUCUAUGUCAAAGAAAAGAUGAUAAAACAGAUCCUGAUUAUCCAAGUCAAAAUUUACCCAAUGAUUACCUCAUAGAAAGCAGGUACAAAUACUUGGAAGAAAAGGGACUAGCAAUCAGCUUGGAGAAAAUGAGGAAAAUGUUCCUUUUGGAGCUCAUGGCCUCUAUUCUCUACACGCAUGGUCGAAUGUAUUUUUACAAGGAUGAUAAUAAAGAAGAAGCAAGUGUUUAUGAACAUGACCUGCGCCUCGCGUAUGAGCUUUCUGCCCUUAUCAAGAAGGAACACGACAAAAGUAUAGUCACGUUGCUUUUGGCCAAACGGAAUGGCUUUUUAUACAUCGAUGUAAAAAGCAAAGACAGUGAGAGGAUAAAACGUGCGACAGAUCACUACAAGAAGUUGUUGGAUGAAAAGGGAGAAUAUUAUGAGAAAGGAUUACUGAAAAUAGCAACAAAGGAUGAUUCGUAUCACAAGACAACAUGCCGUAAACAAUUAGUAACUUGUUACAUUUCCGCCGUCAAAUGUGAAGAUGACUCGAAAAAGAAAUUGAAGAAAUAUGACGAAGGGUGUAAAGAAGCCAGAGCGCUACUCAAAAAUAUAAAAGAAAGGGACAAACACAACAGGAUAGAGGCUUUCAUUAAAUUUGGUGACCUUGAGAUGAAAAUGAGUGGAAUUCAUAAAAAGUAUUUGGAUAAAGCAAUAUCCAAAUACGAGAAAGCUCUUAAAUUAGAGAAUGAACUUACCCGGAGAGGUAAUAACAGAAUUAGAGCUCUUGAGAGUAUCACAGAAGCCUUAUGCGAACGUAAUAAAAAAGAUGAUUGGAAAAAAGCAAUAAGCUAUGCAACGAGAGCAAUUGAAAUUUGCACUAAGGAAAAAAUUGAGAAAGAUACUAUCGUAAAACUCCAGCAACUACUGGAGGUUAUGAAUAGUCCUUGA